AUGAAAGUAGGCAACAGUUAUGAAGUUAAUGAGCUUUCAUUGCAGUUUAACCACUAUUUACCAAACACCAGAUACUGGAUUAGACCCAAAGUCUUAACAAUUGGCUUCCUUGAAAAAGUCAUUCAAUAUAGGUUUUGCUAUGGAAAUAAAAAGGAAAACACCGCAGCCCCGCAGCCCCCACGUCCUCCCUGCCCCGCGGCCGGAGCCCUGAGCUCCCGAGGGCCGGGGCGGCAGAGUUCGGUGGAGCUGCAGGAGACGUUGAGGCCCCCGGAGAGACUUUUGCGCAACGGAAAAUUCAUUUGCAAAUUGACCGACGAAGGUAAAAAGAGCUCAGACACCGCUGCCAAACUGAAAGCUGCCAUUGCAGAACGUGAAGAGAAAAGAGCAAAUAGUGACCGCUACCCUGUUAGUGUAGACUUUGAGCUAAGGCAAAAGGCAAUUGCAGGAGUUGAUGUUGACAUAGAGAAGACCCCGAAUUCUGACCAGAUGCUUGAUGUUUCGUCACUAGUUCCUGGCUGUUCCCCUGUAGAUAAAAUCAAGUCAUCCAAAACAACUCCAGAAAAGCAGCGACUGGUGCAUCCUACUCACAAAGACAAUGAACAGACUCCGGAGGCUGAGUCCACAGGGAACCAGCACCCAGCUUCCAACAGCAGGGCCCGGACGCUUUGCCCAACUGAGGCUGGGAGAGUGUCCCGCAGCAUUGUUUCAGGUCACUCAGAUGAUAUUUCCAGCGGCUUGGACAACCUGUUUAUUGACAGUUUGCAAAGGAUCACGAUUGCAGACCCAGGUGAACACCACUCAGGAGCAAGCACAGGUACCUUGAGCCUCUGCAUUGGGCCUCCUAAGAGGCCUCAUUACAUGAACGUGCUGGAAACGAGAGCCAAAAACCCAGUGCCCCCACCACAAAAGUUUAAAACCAAUGUGUUACCAUCACAGGACAGUGGUUCACCUGGUCACUGCACAGCGGAAAGGCGGUGCAGGGACAAACAGCAUCUCGAUGACAUCACGGCAGAAAGCCCUUGCGCUUGCUUGCAUGGCAGGCGGCAGAACCACUGAAGUAAAUC